GGAGCGCAGCUAGCGGCAGUGGGUUUGCUGUCAAUACGGACGAUAACAGUUGCUAAAUUCAUAACGCCAUGAGUCUGUGGGUGGACAAAUACCGACCGACUUCCCUCGGGAAGCUCGACUAUCACAAAGAGCAAGCGACUCAACUGAAAAACCUGGUUCAGUGUGGAGACUUCCCACACCUGUUGGUGUACGGUCCAUCCGGCGCGGGGAAGAAGACCCGCAUCAUGUGUCUGCUGAGGGAGCUGUAUGGAGCAGGGGUGGAGAAGCUUCGCAUUGAGCACCAGUCCAUCGUGGCUCCAUCAAAGAAAAAAAUUGAGAUAAACACAAUAGCCAGCAACUACCACUUGGAAGUCAACCCAAGUGAUGCUGGUAACCAGGACCGUGUGGUGAUUCAAGAGCUGAUAAAAACUGUGGCUCAGUCUCAGCAGAUUCAGUCAAGCACCCAGAGAGAGUUCAAAGUGGUGUUGCUGACAGAGGUGGACAGACUAACGAAGGAUGCCCAGCAUGCCUUGCGCCGGACAAUGGAAAAGUAUAUGAGCACGUGCCGUCUCAUCCUGUACUCUACCUCCACUUCCAAAGUCAUUGGGCCAAUUCGGAGCCGUUGUCUGGCUGUCAGAGUUCCUCUGCCGAGCACAGAAGAGGUCUGCAGUGUUCUGACAUCAGUCUGUAAAAAGGAGGGUCUGCUCCUCCCACCUGAGCUGGCCAAGCAAAUCGCUGAGAAGUCUGGUCGCAACCUCCGCAAAGCCCUUUUGAUGUGUGAGGCCUGCAGAGUGCAACAGUAUCCAUUCUCAGCAGACCAAGAUGUCCCGGCGACCGACUGGGAGGUCUACCUCAGAGAAACUGCUAAUGCCAUCGUCAGCCAGCAGAGCCCUCAGAGGUUGCUGGAGGUUCGAGCCAGACUGUACGAGCUGCUGACUCACUGCAUCCCUCCUGAUAUCAUUAUGAAGGGUCUGGUCACAGAGUUGCUGAGUAACUGCGAUGGCCAACUGAAGGCAGAGGUGGCCCACAUGGCAGCUUUCUACGAACACAGACUGCAGCUGGGCAGCAAAGCUAUCUACCACCUGGAGGCCUUCAUCGCCAAGUUCAUGGCCAUCUACAAGAAGUUCAUGGAAGACGGUCUGGACGGCAUGAUGUUUUGACUCUGAAUGGACCUAAAAACAGACACUUUUCUUGACAUGAGUUCAAAUUGCGCUUCCUUUUUGCCCCAACAAGACUUUGCAUUUAAAAAUAUACUGCAAGGACAAUAGAUCUGAACAUUAAAUUACUUUUUCUUUGCAACCUGUUAAAUCUGGUGUUGCUCCAUGGAUAUGACCAAACAUGGUUUUAUUACCACGAACAGACAUCACACAGAAUGUAUGUUAUAACACUUAAUGUUAUUUUUGUUUAAUACAUCAACCUUAUUAACCAUCAGUCCUGAAAUGAUGAGCUUGAUGAGAGUGGCUGUUACGUUGUAUAAUACUGCUUACAUUACUGUCUGAUGUUCCUCAGUAUGUAAGGCAGGCUGGAAACAUGGAAACAGCACCAAGAAAUAUAGUGUCAAUGUUUGGGGGGGGGGUUUCACCUCAUUGAAACAAAUUUAUGGUUAAGCACUUAGUACAUAUAAACAUACACUCAUUACAGUCAAACUCUUAAAUAACAGACAAAAAACAACUACAAAACUCUUAAAAUCAUCAUUUGAUGUGUUCUUUCAACCCAUAAAGGCAGAUACAAACAUGAUUUGAACUGUAAAAUGUAUUUUUUUUUUUCCUCUGCUGGACGACUCCUUUGGAUUCUAUGGGGAAAUGAUGUUGGCAGCAUGAUGGAGUGCAAGACGUCUCAAAAGUGGCAACCCCUAACGGGUGACCCCUCACCUUCUGAAUAGUGUGUACAUCACAGAAUGGCCUUUUUAAAACUGCUUGCAGUAUUUACCUCAUUUUUGAGUUAAGCCAGGAAAUCUAGUCAUUUAUAAGAUUAAUAUUCUAUUAUAGUCAUUCCACAGUAUUCUUAAAAACAAACAGGCAUUCAAAACACAGAAAAAUAGAAUUGUGUGAUAUUUAUAGGUUUAUCAACUAUUAAAAGGUUCCUGGCAGGUUUUCCAAGAAAUCCACACCAACUUUUCAUAACAUUUAAUAACAGUUGUAUCACUUAAAAUGUGAAGAUUGGAACAUUUUCAUUAUUCAGACUUCAUUUAAUGUAAAGGUCAAAGCAAGUCCCAUAAUUUACGUUUGUAAGUAAAACUCUACGCUGCUGAAUAACAUGUUUUCCUUGAGUCAUUUAUAAAAAGAUAAGAACAAAUCCUACUGUUACAAUCAUCAGUAAUACUCCUUGUGUCUCUUGGCUGUGUAGUAGAUAAUGAGGCCCAGGGUGAUCAGCACCCCUGAGCCCACCAGAGUCAGGAAGCCCACCACAGGCCUGUUGACCAGCACGUGGCAGCCGAGGCAGGGCUGAGGCACGCUGGGACACUGCUGGGGUGUGGCUCCCUGAAUGGGG